AUGACGUGGAAACAACGAGCAGAAGCAGAAGAGUGUGAGGAUGGUCAGUUUCAGUGCAACAACAAAAGGUGUAUACCGACCAUAUGGAGGUGCGACGAUGAUGACGACUGCUCAGACAACAGCGACGAGGAACACUGUGGUAAGAAGACGUGUGCCCCGGCAGAGUUUGCCUGUGCAAACGGCCAGUGUGUACCAGGCCGCUGGCGCUGUGACGGGGAACCAGAGUGUCCCGACGGCUCAGAUGAGGCAGACGCCACCUGUAGCAAACAGACGUGCCCUCCGGAGAAGUUUGACUGCGGCGGCUCUACCAACAAGUGUGUCUCAAUGUCGUGGCGAUGCGACGGCGAGCGGGACUGCGAGAACGGGUCAGACGAGGAGGACUGUGCCGCCGACGCCAAGUCCUGCCCAAAAAGCGAAUUCCAGUGCGCCAACCGCAAGUGCCUAGCACCUGUCUACGUGUGCGACGGCGAUGACGACUGCGACGACGGCUCUGACGAACUAAAAUGCUCCUCCCGCCACUCGCCAACGACCACCUGCGGCCCGCACGAGUUCCGCUGCAACACCUCAGAGUGCGUGCCUGUCAUGUGGAGCUGUGACGGCGACCCAGACUGCCCGGACGGCUCUGACGAGUGGCCGGAGCGCUGUGGGAGUGAAGGGUCGCAAUCGCGACGCAGGAUGAACUGUACAGUGGAGGAGUUUCGGUGCGCCAACGGGGAGUGUGUGAGGCUGACGUGGAAAUGUGAUGGGGAUCCGGACUGCAAGGAUAAAUCGGACGAGGCGGAUUGUCCUCUGCUGACGUGCCGCCCAGAUGAAUUCCAGUGUGGCGACGGCUCCUGUAUCCACGGCACCAAGCAGUGUAACAAGUGUGAGGGGCCCCUGAAGUUCCUGUGUAAGAACGGAGAGUGUAUCGACAGCGCUAAGGUGUGUGACAACGUCAAGGACUGCAAGGACCGCUCCGAUGAGCCCAAGAAGGAGUGUGGACUCAACGAGUGCACGCUCAACAAUGGCGGCUGCUCUCACAUCUGUCUGGAUCGACCAAUCGGCUACGAGUGCCAGUGUCCCACCGGGUACCAGCUACUGGACAAGAGGACAUGUGGAGACAUUGAUGAGUGCGAGAGCCCCAACGCCUGCAGCCAGAUCUGCAUCAACUACAAGGGAGACUUCAAGUGCGAGUGCUACCAAGGCUAUGAGAUGGACCCCGUCACCAAGACCUGCAAGGCAGAGGGGAAGUCUCCCUACCUGAUGUUCACCAACCGCCAUGAGAUCCGUCGGGUGGACCCAGCGAAGAAGGAUUACAGCCAGGUGCUGGCAACCCAGAAAAACGCUGUGGCACUUGACAUAGACGUGACCAAUAACCGCCUGUUCUGGUGCGACCGCUUCCACCGCAACAUCUACAGUGCUCUAAUCCCGGAGGCCAGUGUCCCGUCCCAGCAGGUGACCCUGGUGGACUCUGGCUCUCUCCUCUCGCCCGAGGGCCUGGCCCUAGACUGGGUCCAGCACAACCUCUACUGGACCGACUCGGGCCACAAGACCGUCUCGGUGGCCUCGGCCUACGACGGCCUCAAGAGGAGGGUGCUGGUGGACACGGAACUCAGCGAGCCCAGAGCCAUAGCCCUGGACCCCCAGCACGGGUUCAUGUACUGGUCUGACUGGGGCACCCGGGCCAAGAUUGAGAAGGCUGGGAUGAAUGGGGUGGACCGACAGGUCUUGGUGUCAGAUAACAUCGAGUGGCCCAACGGCAUCACCCUAGAUGUAGCCAACAGGCGUCUGUACUGGGUAGACUCCAAGCUGCACCUCAUCUCCAGCGUGGACCUGAACGGGGCUCACCGCCGGACACACCUGUCCUCCUCAGAGAGACUGGGACACCCCUACGCACUGGCCGUGUUUGAGGACCGUAUCUACUGGACAGACAGGGAGAGGGAGGCGGUGUACAGCGCUAACAGGCUAACAGGCCAAGAUGUCAGCACGCUGGCCGAGCACCUCAACGACCCCCACGACAUAGUGGUCUUCCACCCACUCCGACAGCCCCAAGGCCCAGACAGCUGUAACUUGGGCAGUGAGGCCAACGGUGGCUGUGAGUACCUGUGUCUCAAAGCCCCCCAGAUCACAGAGCACUCCCCCAAGUAUACUUGCGCCUGCCCCACAGGACAGGACCUGGGGCCCGACAUGCGGGGCUGUGUGCCAGCAAAUGAGACUAUUACCACACGGUCGCCAUUCCCCACCAGCUCGGUAGCCAUCAUCACGGCAAGUAUCGAGGAGGACAAAGAGGACUCCCAUUCCACUUCUGGGUUGUCCCAGGCAGAUGCCGGGGUCCGCCACCUCACCCCCGCCCCCUCCAGCACCCCAGAACCCCUCCUCAUCGCCAAACCUGGGGCAGAGGUGAAGGAGAAAGAUGGCCGGCGUUUGGAUCACACUACCUCCACCACAGUAGGGUCUGGGGACACUAAGGUCAUCAAGGAGGACAGCAACCUCUCUCACCACUCUGGAAGUGAGCAUUUUCUCCUGGGGGAGAACCUGACAGUGGCAGUUCUGGGAGUAGUCAUCCCUAUAGUUCCUAUUGUUGCCACAGUGGUCUUCGGUCUGCUCUGCACUGGCGUCUACCUGGUUUGGCGGAACUAUCGUGUAAACUCUACCAAGAGUAUGAACUUUGACAACCCCGUUUACCGCAAGACCACAGGCGAGGGCGAAGAGGACGAGAUUCACAUCGGACGGACGGACAGUGGCAUGAGCGGCCAGCACGGGCAUCACCCGUACCCAGUUGGAGUGGGGUGUGGCGUAGUCGGCGGGGGCGGAAAUACAUGCCCGCAGUUUAUCGCGCUGCCACUGGGUGGCAGUAUGCCCGACCCGGGGACUCACUGGUACACGGAGCAGCCUAUGCUGUCCACUACGGCUAAGUGA